CUAAUCCAACACGUACGACGCAGGAUCCUGGCUAAGUUGUGUGUCAUAGUUGAUACGAACCCUUGUUUUUGGAUUUUUGGGUAAAAGAAAGAGAGUUCUCGGUUUGUUGCAGCAGUGCGGGUCUCUUCGCAAGGCCCCGGGACAAGCCUGGCAAGAUCUGGCGGCGAAUUAAGAACUCAGAGUGUUUUCGGUCUCCAUAGCCGGAGCCGCUUGGGAAGGUUUCGGAGAUGGAAUCGCCGGGAGAGUGGUUGGAGAAGGCCUUGUUUGAUCUGUGCCGAAGGAUUGAAACUGGUUUGGGCUUAGGCCUCGAUAAAGAUAUUAUUUCUGGUCUUGUUUCUUACUGCGACCUUGCUGAUCCCUGUGAUGCCAAAGAGUACCUUGAUAAUAUAAUCGGUCAAGAAGCAGGUAAAAGUGUGAUUGAAGAAUACUUAAGGCGGAGAGGUCAGUCAGAAUUUAGCAACAAAUCAGAUGUUCCUACAUCUAAGUUACAUACCUAUGUCAAACCACCUUCAGUCGAAGCAUCUGCAGGUGGAAGUAAAAAAUCAUUGAGAACACCAAAAGCAGUGACAGUCUCCAGCCAUCAGGUGGAUCCCAAACAAAAUGCGGUUGCUAAGAAUCAGGAAAAUCAGAUUCCAAGUCUCGAAAGUGAAUCAAAAACAUCAAAUAAAGGAAAUCAAGUGAAUUCUAAAAAGAAGAAAGGUGGGAAAGCUGUUUCACUUGCUGAGGCUGCCAAAGGAUCAAUUGUAUUUCGGCAGGGAAGACCAUGCUCAUGUCAAGCACGUCAACACAGGCUAGUCAGCAAUUGCUUAUCUUGUGGCAAGAUAGUUUGUGAACAGGAAGGAGAGGGACCUUGCAAUUUCUGUGGUUCUCUUGUCUUGAGAGAGGGGAGCACGUAUGCUGGUCUGGAAGAAGGGUUGCCUCCCUUGUCAGAAGCAGAAGCUGCUGCUGAAGCUUAUGCUAAGAGGCUGGUUGAUUAUGACCGAAACUCUGCUGCUCGAACAACAGUUUUUGAUGACCAAAGUGACUACUAUGAGAUUGAUGGAAAUAGUUGGUUAUCGAAGGAGGAAAAAGAACUUUUGAAGAAGAAACAAGAGGAGAUGGAAGAUGCUGAGCGAGCCAAGCGGAGUAAAGUUGUUGUGACUUUUGAUCUAGUUGGCCGCAAGGUGCUUCUGAAUGAAGAUGAGGUUUCAGAAUUACAGUCUGAAAAUAGAAUAAUGCGUCCGCCAGAUGAAAGGGAAGUGAACCGGGUCAAACCAAAUCCAAAUCUUAAGAUCCAACCAAUUUUUGUGGACCCGGGCUUGAGUAGCAAGUCCGGGAAAGACAGACAACCAAAGAAAUUGCUGAACAAGGGUUUAUGCUUGGAGAUCACGGGGAAGGUGCAGCAUGAUAGUAAUCACUUGAAAUAUUUUCUGAUGGAAAGCCAAUUGGCAACAGAUUCAAAUGGGAACUCUCUCUCUAGGCAAGUUCCUUCAGGAAAUGGUGGGCUGCGCGCUGGAGAUGAUGGUUAGUGUUUAUUGGAUUAUGGGUGAGGUAUAGUAUAGUACACGGCUUUUAGGGAUCUCUGUUCCCUGGUGUUCUUAACUGCUGCAUCUAAACCUAGAAAAUAGUGUUAAUACUACUAUUUUUCCUUAGUAGCAAAUGAAAUCAAGCUUAUAAAUUAGAUAUUUUUUCCCAAUACACUGAGAAUGUGUUUGGUUUGAGGGGAAGGGAGGGGCUUUAAUGGAGGGUGGGGUAGGAGUUUGAUGUUAUCUUGUUUGAUUUAGGAGAGGAGACUGGAGGAAAAAUAAUUAUAUAUGAACAAUUUUACUCUUAUUUUAUUAUUGUUGAGAUACUGAAAAAGUGUAUCUACAUUUUUUCAACUUAUCACAGAGGGCAUAUUGGUCAUUGGCCAAGGUAUGAAAAA